UUUGUGUGUACCUUAAGGCAUCCCGGUUCUCGCGUGUUCCUAGUUUCACCGGAGGAACAGCAUUCGUUCGAGGAACCGAGCUUAAGAAUUUCUUGGCACUAAACGGAGUGGAAAGAGAGAGAGAGAAACAGGAAUUCCAAUCUGCCCUUAAGGGCUACAGCCAUUCGCAGCUUUAUAAACUUCUGGACAUUGUGGUAUUUUAAGAAUGCGACAAAGAUGGCGUUAGCCGGCAGAGUACAGAGAAGUGGACUGUUAGAAGUUUUGGUCAGGGACAGCUGGCAUCGUGUGCUGGCCACCCUGAAUCAGGAGAAUCUGAUCCUGAGCUGUGAGCAGCCUGGGCACACUGCCUCCUGGAAUGGACUCACCAACGGAGCGGGCUCACAAAGUCCCCAAGCCGCGUCCCGCAGCCCCAAAUCCACGGCGGUACGCAACGCCUUCACCGAGCUACCUGAACACAUCCCCGAAACUAUCAGCAACAAGAAACGGAGCGUUAGGGUCAUCAAGCAAGAGGUUGGGGGCCUAGGGAUCAGCAUCAAGGGAGGCAAGGAGAACAAGAUGCCAAUUCUGAUCUCGAAGAUCUUCAAAGGUUUGGCAGCUGACAAGACUGAAGCUCUAUAUGUGGGGGAUGCUAUCUUAUCAGUGAAUGCUGUGGACCUGAGGGAUGCAACACAUGAUGAGGCAGUGCAAGUGCUGAAGAGAGCUGGCAAAGAGGUGCUUCUAGAGGUGAAGUACAUGAGAGAAGCUACACCUUACAUCCGGAAGACCUCUCCGGUUUCAGAACUUGGAUGGGAAACUCUCCCUCCAGAGUCUCCUAGGCUCGGAUCUGCGGCCAUAGAAUCUCACGCAACCCUUCCAUUCUCCUUACCAAGCGACUCCAAAGAUUCAAAGAGCAUUCCGCUGAAGAUGUGUUAUGUCACGCGAAGUUUCAGUACGCCAGACCCUGAAAACAGACAAUUUGAACUGCAUUCUCCUGAUUGCAAAUACACCGUAGUCCUGAGGUGUAAAGAUCCCAGCACAGCCCAAGCCUGGUUCAACACCAUUCAAUCUAAUACCAGUAACCUGACCAGCAAGGUCAUCGCAGAAGUCAAAGAUCAACUGGGAAGAACAGGGAUAGCUGGGAGUCGAGAGAUUCGCCACAUAGGCUGGCUCGCAGAAAAGACAAUAGGAGAGAAUGAAAAGAGACAAUGGAAGCCUGUUCUGGUAGUGCUGACUGAAAAGGACAUGGUGAUUUAUCCCAGCAUGCCUCGCAUGAAGGAAUCCUGGUCCAGUCCUGCUCACACUUGCCCAUUGCUUGCUACCAGAUUGGUUCAUUCUGGUGUGGGCAGGGAUUCACCACAACCAGGUGUGGAACUGUCUUUUGCCACUCGCACUGGAACACGCCAAGGCAUCGAGACUCACCUCUUCCGUGUCGAGACCAACUCCAGUCUGUCCAACUGGACCAGGCAAAUUGUACAAGGCUGCCACAACGCAGCCGAGCUAACUAAGGAAGUCACAACCACGUGUACAUACAGGACCCAGCAGUGUCUUCUGACCGUUCAUUAUACAAACGGAUUUUCUAUCUUGAAAGAUGGACAAGAAGGAAGUAUGCCAAAGCUGAUUUGGCAAUAUCCCUUCGAGAAAUUGAGAAACUCCUCUGAUGAUGGGGUGAGAAUGCUCUUUCUAGACUUUGGCGGAAGAGAUGGGGAAAUUCAGUUGGAUCUUCACUCAUGCCCGAAACCUAUCGUUUUUGUCAUUCAUUCGUUCCUUUCAGCAAAGAUUGCGCGACUUGGCUUGCUAGCCUGAAAUGGAAACACUUGCAGAGUGAAGUAACUCUCCUUGGAAAGGUCUUACAUAACUGUUGCAAAUCAGCCUGAGGGGGAAGUGGGAGCAUCUGUGUAAAGAGGGAAAUAUUUAAUCUUUAAUAAAAUCCGACAAAUAGUUUAUUUAAUGGAAUAGAGAAAGUUGUAAUAAUCUGAAGCAAACUUAAAAGACAUCUCACGGAUGUUAUAACGAGAAACUUUGUUUUCGAUGAUGCUAUGAGAGGUCUAAAUUUUUACAAUCAUUGGCAGUAGAGAAAAUAUUAAUAUCUUCUCCACAAAUUUAAUUUUUUUUUAAAAAGCAGUUUACAGCUAUACUCUUAAUUCUGUUUUGUUCAUUGUAUAAUUAAAAAAACAAUCUGAAUUUUACACAUAAUUCAAAGUCUGGACAAGCGAUUAUUAGUUAUUAUAAAUGUAAAAUUGAGACAAAGUUUAAUUCAUACUUUUUUUUGAAAAAAACAUGAAGCUUCUUUAUUGUUUUAAACUCAAAAGGCAAACAGUUGAACUAAAUGUUACAAUUUUGCUGAUUUUGCCCAAACUGUAAAGUUUUAAUAUUGUCUUGUUAGAUGAAUCUUGAUUUGUGUCAAAGCGCUUAUUUCACGUGAAACUCAUUUAGAACUGUUAAAUGUUGACUUUUUAUUUGUAAAAAAGUUAACUUUCAGCCAACAUCACAAAAAAAUUUGUCAUUAUUGCAUUGGUGAUUGUGGGUGCUUUAUAUGCACAAAUCAGCUGUUCCAUUGCCUGUGUCAUAGCUCUACUGUUAAUUCAUAUGUGCACUCCUGAUUGAAAUCAUUGUGAGAUUGAGGCUGUGAAAGUAAUGUUAGUGAACACAAGACUUUCUUUUCGUUAGUCUGAAAAUAUUCCAAAUUAUUGUGUUGUUAAGAUCAUCCUGGCAGAAUGACUGGUUAAUGAAAUAAAAAUUAAACUGGGCCUAGAGUUUGGCAGGGAUGGGGUGGCUGGUGAAUCGUCACUUUUAGCUGUUCCCACUAAAAUGGGGUUCCUGUCCAUUGUAGACCUCCACGUUCAAUUUUCCUUUCCAUUGACAUUUACCAAUCACAGCUGGUCAGGAACAGCUUUUCUUUCCUUUUAAAAAAAAACCCUUAUUUGUAAAGUGAUCCAUUUGAACUUACAGGUUUUGGAACAACUAACGAUGAUUCAGAAUGUUUCCCUUUAGUUAUAAAGGAUACCUUGCGCUGAUUGGUGUGUCCAAUUUGCUACAUUUAUGAUGGAAAGAAAAUGCAUGCAUUUAUGUAGGAGGGAAAGAAAUGGGAGCAGAGAUGGUAGGAACUGCAGAUGCUGGAGAAUCCGAGACAACAAGGUGCAGAGCUGGAUGAACGUAGCAGGCUAAGCAGCAUCAUAGGAGCAGAAAGGCUGACGUUUCGGGCCUAGACCCUUCAUCAGAAAAAUGAGCGUACAGUUAGGUAACAGAAGGUGGAAAGGUGGUACUUUGCCUCUAUCUUUAUUUGUAGCGAUAGUCUCUGCAACAUCUCUUUCCUAGUUUGAAAUCAUGUGUGUCAAUGCUCAUAAUGAUUUGUUUGAAGCUAGUUUUAGAAAAAUCCUGUCCAUUUACUUAACGUUUAUACCAAACAUUUUUUGUACUAUUUAACGUACAAAGUUUGGCUACUUUAUUUUUCCCAAGGAGUGAGCGAUGAAGCCAAGUAGUGGAUUUGGCAGUGUGUAAUCUCUUUGCCCCCAACAGUUUUUGCACUCAAAAAUGAACAAUUCCAACUGAUCUGAUUUUGCAGUGAAAUUGAAAAUGUAGGUUUUUUUGUAUACAAGUGGGGCCAUCAUCGCCUUCAACAGAUCAACUAAUUAUUUAGUUUUAUAGUAAGGUUAUUGGAAAGCCAUUUCACAUUAAACAAGUUCUAAAUGCAGACCUGGACUUAAACACUCAUUCAGAUGUAUGAAUUCUCUAGGUUACUACUGUUUGAACUAGAGUUAGUUUCAACUAUCACAGGUAGAAUAUAUUUCUAAAAUUGCCUCUUGACAACAAUAUGCAAAAUUGCAAGCACAGAAGCCUGUAGGCAACAUAAAUUAACCGUUUCACAUUAAGCCUUCUAGUAACAGAAGAAAAGAAAUACCCGACAACUAUCAUGUGUUGAAUAGUAGGAUCGGCAUUGUUUGUAGUUGGACUGAAAUCUAACUUCCUUCAAACUAUACAAAUUAUAAAAAGUACCAGUUAAACCAUGGGUUAUUUAACGGAGAAGGUGCAAAAUAUAAUACAGUUCAAUGUGUUGAAUUGUUAUUAAAUAUAAUUUAAAUUGUUAAUAACUGCCUAUUAUUGUACAGCAACUUAACAUGAAAUUUAUAGAUGGGAUCUUAAAGCUGGGUUAUCUAAAAUAAUGUAUAUUAUUGAGAUGUUUUAAUGUUUAAUUAAAGCAUAUUGCCAUUGUAGCGCUAUAUUCUUUUCACUGAAAUGCAUUUACCUCUUCUAAUAUGGAUGCACGGAGUAUCACACAGGACUGUUAUGAAUGCAGUUUCCUUAAAUAGCUCAAAGUCACAAGGUGAACAUAGAGAAGGCCAUCCAGUCUAUUUUAACCAUGCAAUGCAUGGAGAAAAAACAGUAAACAUUGUAUUCACAGUAUACUUUUAAAACAACAAAACGUUUGAUGUGCUUCAUAAGUCUCAGGAAAUAAAAUUAGACACUAGGCUCAAAAGGACACAGUGACAGGUGAACAAAAAUUUGUCAAAUGAUUAAGUUUUUCCUUAAAAUAAAAGCAAAAUUCUGUGGAUGCUGGAAAAACUGGCAGCAUUCGUAGAGAGAAAGCAGAUAUGAAGUUUUGCGUCCAGAUUUCCUCCUCCAGAACUGAAAGGUGUUGGAAAUUUUUAAAAAAUAUAUACUUUUAACAUAGGUGAAGGAGGAGCAAAGGGGCAAAUGGUGGAGAGGCCCAGUGUAAAAGACAAAGGGGUUUUUAUACGGUGGUGAAAGAGGAAAGGUGAUGCUCACAUCUUAAUUCACACCCACUUUACAUUUCUUUUCCUCUUUUGCACUGUACCUCUCUAUCUGCCCCCUUGUUCCUCCCUCGCCUCGGUCAAAAGUUCACUAAAAAGAAACAAUUUUCCAAUACCUUUCAGUUCAGAAGAACGUUUGAAACAUUAACUGUGUGUCGCUCUCUUUACAAGGCUAUUUGCCAAGUGCUGGAAAAUGGGAUUAGAAUAGUUAGGUGGUUAUUUUUGACCACUAUAGACUCUUUAUCUUUGCAGUAGAUCUCUUCUACAUUUAAGGUACAGGAGCAGAAUUAGGCCGUUCGGCUCAGAGUCUGCUUCACCAUUCGAUCAUGGCUGAUAUGUUUCUCAACCCCAUUCUCUUGCCUUCUAUCCUCGAUCCUUUUACCAAUCAAGAACUUAUCAAUCUCUGUCGUUAAAUGCGCUCAAUGACAUGGCCUCCACAGCCUUCUGCAGCAAUGACUUCCAUAGUUUCACCACCCUCUGGCUGAAGAAAUUCCUCCUCAUAUCGGAAGCG